AAGAGACUGGCAGCCAAUAGGAAGCGGAGCGCAGUCAGUUUGGAUUGGAGGCCCCCGGAGGAGUAGCAGAGGCAAAACCAUUGAACUGAGCGCGAGCGCUGAGCUGUGAGCUCCGGGGUGAAUUGCACAGCUCAAAUUCACUGUCCUUUAACUUACUAUAAUUCUGCGGGAAAUCUAAGGUGAAUGCGGUGCAUGUUACUUAGGGUGAUUGGACGACAGACUCAACGGAGUGCUCUUGCUAAUUGCUCAUCAAAUAUACUAGAGCAUUAGACUCGCAGAAUGGAGGGAUUUUACGACCAACAAGUGCCUUACAUGAUUUCAAAUAACCCACAAGGGCAGAAAUGUAAUGAGAGACCUGGAAGUGACAGAAAGAGAAAAUUCAUUAACUCUGACCUGGCUGUGGAUACUGAAGAACUGUUCCAGGAUCUCAGUCAACUGCAGGAGGCCUGGCUGGCUGAAGCUCAAGUUCCCGACAAUGAUGAGCAGUUUGUUCCAGACUUUCAGACUGAAAACUUGGCGUUCCAUGGACUGCAGCUGAAGAUCAAGAAGGAGCCGCACAGCCCCUGUUCAGAGCUGAGCUCUGCCUGCAGCCAGGGCCAGCCCUUCAAACUCAGCUAUGGGGAAAAGUGCCUGUACAGCAUCAGUGCCUACGAGCCGAAGCCCCAUACGACCAUGAAGCCCUCCAGUCCGCCCACUCCCGGCAGCACCCCUGUGUCCCCGCUCCACCAUGCCUCCCCCAGUUCAGCCCCCACGCCAAAACCAGACAGGACGUACCCUCACCCAGCCCCCACACAGCCAAUCCCAGACAGCUCCUUCACAAUGGACCACAGAUUUCGACGCCAGCUGUCAGAGCCCUGUCACUCUUUCCCUACACCUUCCUCCAUGUCCCGGGACGGUCGCCCAAUGUACCAUAGACAGAUGUCAGAGCCAAACAUCCCGUUCCCUCCCCAAGGGUUCAAGCAGGAGUUUGCUGACCCGCUGUUCGAACACCCUGCCAUGGUGGGGGCCCCCAUUCCUCAAGCGUACGCUCCAUCCAUGAUGAUCAAACAGGAGCCAAGAGAUUUCACCUAUGACUCUGCAGAAGUGCCUAGCUGUCAUUCUGUCUACAUGAGACAAGAGGGCUUUCUGGCACAUGCCAACAGAACUGAAGGCUGCAUGUUUGAUAAAGUCGCUAGGCAUUUUUAUGAUGACACUUGUGUGGUCCCUGAAAAGCUUGAAGGUGAGAUUAAACAGGAGUCUGGUCUGUACCGUGAGGCCCCAACUUACCAGCGCCGCGGCUCCCUUCAACUUUGGCAGUUCCUGGUGGCUCUCCUGGAUGACCCCUCCAACUCCCACUUCAUCGCCUGGACCGGGCGUGGCAUGGAGUUCAAACUCAUUGAGCCAGAGGAGGUUGCUCGUCGUUGGGGAAUUCAGAAAAAUCGUCCAGCUAUGAACUACGAUAAACUCAGCCGAUCGUUGCGUUAUUACUAUGAAAAAGGAAUCAUGCAAAAGGUGGCGGGGGAGAGAUAUGUGUACAAGUUUGUGUGUGAUCCCGAGGCCCUCUUCUCCAUGGCGUUUCCUGACAAUCAGCGCCCCGUGCUGAAGACUGACAUCGAGCGGCAAAUCAACGAGGAGGACACAGUCCCACUGUCGCACUUCGACGAGAACAUGCCGUACAUACAGGAAGGAGGCUACUGCAACCCCCAUCCGUACAGCGAAGGCUACGUCUAUUAAUGCCCGAUCAGUGGGAUAUUCUAGUACCGUGUGAUCGGAGACUUAGACUUUAAGGCUUCUUCUGACCCCCUAUGUAUCACAACGCGGCCAUUAUCCAGGAUGGAGAGUGCACUUUAUCGACAAAGACUGACAGUGUAACCUACCCAGGCCAAGCCGAACAUUCAUUUCAUUUGUUUAUGUUCAUAAAAGGGAGAUUUAUUAAGCUACGCUGCCUUCUUGCAAAAGAAGAGAUGUCUUGGGUUAAGGAUAUCUAGGAAAGAUUUGCAAAAUCUUUGAGAAAGCUGAUCAUUCUGAGCAUUUUUUAAAAAAUGUUACCAAAAUGGUUUUCAGUUGUUUUAGGUCUAUUUUCCUCAAAUCUUUGUGUUUUAAGUUUUCUCGCCAGCUAUUUUGUAACUGAUUUAAAUAAAUAAUACAAUGUAUUGUUAUGAAAUGCUUUUAAAAUACUUUUAUGGUGAAGUGAUAUAAUUAUAGACUUAAAACAAUAUAUUAUAAAAUUGAAUAUUUAGUUCACAUUUAAAAGACAUUUGCUUUGCUGCCAGUUUAAAAAUGCAUCUUAAUUUGAAGCUUAUGCAAGGUUUAAAUCAGCAACAUGUUUUUUUUUUUUUAAAGUUAUUUCAAAAUUUGUGAUGUAAAUUUUAUAAUUUCUUAAAUUUGCCCAGAAUAUGUAUUGACUCUUAUGUACUGGCAUGCAGGAAGUACAGUACCUUCAUGAACGGUGUGAUUCGCUGAAAUUGAAUUUAUGUUGCUCGAUCGCAUGGGAAGGCUGCGUGCGCUGUGUAUUGGCAAUGCCUUCAGGGAAUCAAUGCCUACUGUGGUCAUUUCAGGCAGGUCCAAGCUCAUACACAGCUUAAUUUUACAGCGUGUCUCUUUCGUCACGAGGGACCCAUCUUGUGAUGACGCCGUUCAGAAGUUCUUGCGAUUAGUCUAACCUUAGUCAGAGUUGGACAAUACGCACCAGUACUUGACUACAUUUGAUGGUUUUGCUGAACUGAUUUCUCCCUCGAGAGAGAGACGCUCAGAGGAUCAGCCUUGUCCACACCAUUACAUGCCCAACACGGCAGGAAAGAGGGUGAUUGCAUAAGGAAAUGAAGUCAACAUCACUACCCCAUGUCUGUUGCCAGAAAGGGGGAUAAGACUAGUGUAAAUAUGAGUAUAUACACAAGAACUAGUAGUGCUGGCACUGUCAUGUGAAAUUACAGAGAACCUUCAAUAUAAAUGUGAAGUUUGUUUUCCUCCCUUUUGUCCUUUUAAUUUUCCUUCAACCAGCUAGCGACUGACAAAAUCCAUUCCACUGCAUGAGGCUUGGAAGUAAUUGUCUUCUGUUAUGCUCUGGCUCCAGCAUUGUGCAGGCCCUUUUCUAGUUAGUAUUGUCAUUUUCACUUUUACAUACAAACCCAUUUGUAAGGGGUUAUAUACUCUUUAUUCAGGAGUUCCCCACAUACUCCCCUAUAUUGUUGAAGAGUUUGAAGAUGAAUUGAAGAAAUAAAAUGGGGGAAAAAAAUCAA